UCCAUGCACGCUCUGCACAUGGGACUGUUCGUUUUACCCAUAUUACGAGUAUGUAGGUGUUUGUUUAUUGUGUUAUGUCCAGUAAUUAAUCCUACAAUUUUUCGUAGUUUGUGUCUGGGUGUUUUCAGUAUUAUUUUGGUGAGCUUGUAGUUUUUGAUAUAAUUAUUUUUGAUUUCUACGAAUAUAAUGAAAUUAGUACCGUAAAAUGUGCCUACUUUCAUCCAUACUGCGUAAUUGUGCUCCAAAAGUUUUUAAAUUCACAAAAAAACUAUAUUACAACCUGAUUUAAGUAUUAAAACAUGAUACAAUAUACUAAUUUUAAAAUUAAAAUUAAAUUUUAGUAUAAUAAUAAGAUAAUUUUUAGUGUGUUUAACAAAUAAAAUUAAACUAAGACUGUAUGGACCAAGGUCAGAAAUAAAUGUUUAUUUUUUAUUUUUUUUUAUUUCGGAUUUGGAGUAGUUGAGACACUUGAUGGUUUUAGAUUAUACCGAUAGGCCAGUGACUCUCUGGGUUUAACUAAGUAUUAUUUUUACCCAUACUUAUAAGCUCUCCGAGUUGAACCCUAAUUAAAAAGAACAGUUGCAUGUUAUUUGUGAAUGUUUCAUGACGCAUUAUUUUACGAGUUAGUGUCGCCGACAACCAGAUCAACGGUUGUCUUUUAUUUGUUAUUUAAUUAUAGUUUUUUUAGGCAUAAUGAAGUUAGCAAUUUUACUAUUUUUAGUUCAUCAGUGUUCGGGUAUCAUUUAUUCCCUAAAUUUAACAGAAUACUACAAGCUGCCGGAUUUGUACCAAAUGGACGAUUUCGACCCGUGUCUGGCCGAUCCGGGCGGCCUAUACUGCAUGGUGGACGCUGACCUUUACCCCGGGGAUAAUCCUGAACUCAUGAGGACCAUCAGGGAGUACUCUGAAUAUAAAAGAAAGCAUUUUAACCACACACAAGUUCACAGAGCUCUAUGCAUUACUAAAACUUGUAAGGGCUUCAUACAGAAUAGAAACUUAGAAAUAGAAGAGGACCUAAAGUUGAUUCUUGAGGAAUGCGUUAAUGCUUCCGUGUGGCGUGAAUACAAACUAAAUGCUAGACUGUCAAAUAUAUCAACGUGCAAGAAACAUGGAGCGAAAAGAUAUUUUAGCAUCGGAGAUUAUAUCAUGACAGCAGUUUAUAUAGCUUUAAUAAUACUUAAUGCAUUGGGGACUUUGCAUGACGAGCUUAAAGGGACAACUCCAGGAAACCCCUACUUGCUGGCGUUCUCGUUGCGAAGAAACUGGUGCAGACUGACAAGCCCAAGCAGCGCAGGCUCCGACCACAGAUUGCGGAGGCUUAAAGUCAUCGAUGCAAUGAGGGCCUUGACGAUAUUCGGCGUGUUUUCAACCCAUACUGCGCUGGCAAUUGGCUUCUCUUACCUUAAGAACCCUCUUUAUUUUGAAACGGCGUACGAUGACAUUAAAAAGAACAUCCUCAUCCAAGGUCCCGUAGUGACGUAUACGUUCUUCAUGAUGUCUGGCUUCCUGGUGGCCUUCAACAUUGAGCUGCAGGCGGAAAAGCGAAAGAUUACGUUGUGGGACUGGCCUAGGGGCAUGUUGCUGAGGUAUCUAAGAUUAACCCCGUGCCUAGCCCUCGUGAUGUUCACGAUCAUGACUCUGAACCGUCACUUCGGCGACGGUCCGCAGUGGGACAUCGUGGUCACGGGCGAGGCCGAGGCCUGCAGACAGUACUGGUGGGCGCAUCUGCUGUACAUCAACAAUUAUAUAUAUGAUGACUCGCACUGUCUGCCUCAGGGUUGGUACCUGGCAGCGGACACGCAGCUCUUCGCCCUAGGGUUACUAGUGUGUGUGGUAUGCCGCCGUCCACGCUCGCAGAUGCUAGUCAUUGGUGUGCUGGCUGUCGUUUCGUUAGUGAUACCCGCUGCACACACAUACUUCCAGGAUUUUGAUGCGGUGGCUUAUCAGUCUCCCGAAAUGUUCCGAACUGUGUACAAGAACUACGACACAUUCCGCAAAAUGUACAUCGGUUCCCACACUAACCUGUCGACCUACGUCGUAGGCCUCGCUGCAGGCCUCCUGGCCUUCCGCUGGCUCAACAACGAGAAGGCCCUCGCUGAGAAGUUCAAGAGACAUCGCUGGGUUGUCUGGCUGUUCUCCCCGUUAGGCUUCGUCUGCGUAUUAUCCAGCACCUUCCUCUACACGGACGGGUACGAGCCGACGAUGACGACCAAGAUCCUCUUCGCCGUUCUGAGGAAACCUGCCAUGCAACUGAUCAAUAUUGUGAUUCUGAUGGGGUGCAUCUUUAAGGCAGAAGACAUAGUUCGUGGUCUCCUAGAAUGGCGUGGCUUCACCUGGAUAGCUCGAGUAUCGUACAGCGCAUUCCUGAUACACACGAUCAUUCAACGUGGUUUUAUCGGUACACAGAGGGUCCCGGGCUUCGCAUCUGACAUUUACCUGAUAAUGAUCCUGGCAGGGACAGCCUUCCUGUCCCUCGCCGGAGCAGCAAUCUUGUGGGUGACAGUAGAAGCUCCCCUAGCUACUGUAGUCAAGACCAUAUUCGUUCCAGGCUGGAGGGAACCACUACGUGAGGAGACAACGGAUGAGACUACUAAGGUGUAA